AUGGUCGUGAUCAGGAUAAUGAUAAUGACAGUAUUAAUACUACUAAUAAUAAUCGACCCAAACUCUCGCCGUCAGUGCGGCCAGGCGCCGGCCCAAGCCCAGCCCGCGGACCCGGGGAACCUGUCCCCGCUGGGUCCUGGGGCGCCCGUGGUCUGUACCUGGAGUUCGCCCGACGGGCGCAGGGUCUGGAGGCCGCCGGGAAUCCGCUCCCGGGGCCAGGGGACAGGACCCCGGCGUGGAGCGCGGUGGCAGGACGAGCCCAAGCGGGACCCUAGGCCCGAGAACGACCUCCCGAGCCUCGAGACUGCGGGGCCUCCCGGCCCGGCUGGCAUCUGAGAGGAGAAAGGGGCGCCCCGGCACCGCCGCGCGCCACUCUCCAGGAUGCCCGUGGCUCCGGCGUCCUUACCAGACGCAGCCAGUCCCGGGCGCGACAGUGACCUGGGCGCGCCGGCGCGCUGCUGCGACGCGUUCCACAUCAGCACCCCUCCCCCAGGCCGUGCACGCCGUGCCCAGCACUUGUGCAGUGACUGGCGGAGACGGUACCCGUACGCCAGAAAGGUCAAUGCUGUCCCUCGCCCCCAGCAGGGCUCGCUGACUGUAGGAGACUCAGCAGUGGAUAUCCCAGAGACGCUGCAAGAGAACCCCGGACACUGCGGUGUCAUGGAUGUGGGGGCGCGAAGGCCCCUCCAGCCGCUGCGUGGGCCGGGCAGUGGGUGA